AUACUGGAACAAAUUUUCCAGCCACGUCUUCAUCUUCCAGCGCCCUCUAACACAUUGUGUUGCCUCUGUCUUUGCUUUAUGCUAUGCUGGACUGCAGAGACUGAAGUCCGUCUCAUCCACCUGCAUGCGUGCUACUGCAGCACAGCAGUACAGUGAGCGUGUCCUGACUGCACCCCAGGACAGAUGCCAGUUUCACAUUUCCCCAAAAUAACCACUGCGUUGCCUUCCCACUACAUCGGUUAAAACCAUCGAUUUUGCUUGCGAUAGGUAGCUUUCUAAGUAGCAAAGUUGCCCACGAUGGACUGUAAGCGAGAUAAAGACCAAGAUGCAGACCAUGAGAAGAUAACUGCUGUGCUGCUCAAGUCACGUACAGGAGAAUUUGAUUUGGAGUCAAUACUGUUUCUCAAAUUGAGAGGUCUUGGAACACAUGAUCUUGGCUGCAUUGGGGAAUGUAUAAAUUUGGAGAGACUGGACCUCUCUGGAAAUAACAUCACAAAUUUAGCACCUCUAGCAUCUCUUCGGCUUCUUUCUGUUCUCAAUUUGUCUGCCAACAGGAUUUCCAGUUUAGAGCCCCUGCGCAGUUGUGACAGUUUACAGAACUUAAACGUGGCUGGUAAUAUCAUAUCCAGCAUUGAGAACCUACACUGCCUUCAGUCUUUGAGAAAGCUAGAAAAUAUACGUUUUAAAGACAACACUUACAAUUACACUAAUCCAGUGUGCAGGAACGUAGCAUAUAGAACCAUAGUUCUUGAGAUGUUCCCCAACAUCAAAGUGCUGGAUGGUGAAAGAGUGGUCGGACGUGGGAGUGACUUGUACCAAUUAUGCAAAGACAUUGAUGAUACCAUCAAAGCUGGUUUAUACAAGAAUGGACAGCUUGUUGAACAUCCUGAUUGCAAACCAUGGGUGGAUGACAGUUACUGGGAGAUAAAGAGAUCAAACAAUGCCAUUAUCGAAGAAGCAUACAAACAGUUUAACGAUGUUCUUCAUGAAUGCAGACUCCUCAACAACAGAGCCACUCAUGUAAUUUCGCAAACUGAAAGAUCUAUGAGCCUGAAGAAGCAGCCAAAGCAGUAUGCCAUCUGAGUUGGGCUAUUUUGAACACCUUUGUGUGCAACAUUUAGCAACUUUUUGUUGUAUGGUCAACCAUGGCUAAUGUACUGUAGGUUUCUCAAAUUUCUAAGCUUCACCCAAAUGCUUGAUAAGUAUCAUCGCCAGACACACAUGCUCUGUGUUGCAGUGUGAGGCAUUUGUUGAAAUUGCAUCGCAUCCUAUGCAUUGGGUAACUGACGAUACAUGUAAGUGGUUUGAAAACCUUUAUCCAUACUGAAACCUUUCAGUUUGGUUCAAAGAUGUCUUUACUUGCACAGUGUGCAUUUUGUACCAUGUUGUAGCCUGCAUUUAUGCUGAGAGCUAUGCUGCUUAAGAAUUUCUAUAGGUUUAAGUAAUUAAGAGCUUUUUUCCAUUUUGCAUUGCUGGAUAAUUUUGGGAGUUACUGUGUCCCAUGCUGUAUGCUUUCUUUGUAAGUUGAACUUUUGCAAAACGUGAUUGAAUGAUUGUUUCAGUUGUUUCUACUUGUUUUAUACCAUAAAGUUUAUUAUGUGUACAUUCAACUUGUGGAAAAUACUAUGCUUAUAAAGGUGUACUUCACA